AUGGCCUCAUAUCCAUUCUCACACCGACGUCGAACCGCCUUAAUCGGUGGCCUUUCUGCUGUCCUUCUGUGCGCUUUGUUCAUCUUUUAUCAUCCAGAGCGAAUUCACAUCGGCAACGAGGUGGAUGAUCUCAGUCUCCCAGAAGCCUACCUAACGCCCCCAUCCGAGUCCCAGUUCUGCUCCGACAAAUUUGGCACCCCAUAUCUCGAGAAUCUGCGGGAUGGAGCUGUAGAAUACUGCAACUCAACCUCUCCAUCAUCUUUGGUGUGCUUCCACACCGCCAUCACAAAAGACCACCGUCGCAUUGAUAGUUUUUGUUUCGGGGAAAACGCCGUCUUUGACCCUAAAUCUCAAAGGUUCAACCUGGAAUGCGACCUAGGGGAGCUCGAAAAUCCUGGAACUUUGGAUUCUAUCCCCGAGUUUGGUCAUUUCGAGCCAUACUGGUAUGAAACGGGGCCACAAACCAUUCUGGAUGGAUGGGUGCAGCUGAAGAGCAGCCCGGGGGAGCGGUUACAACUGCCCUUGAAUUACACAAUAUUGAUCAAACGGGAAGGUUCGCGCAAUAUAUGGCAUAGCCUACUUGAAAUUCUCAGCAUGACUAUGACACUGGAUGUGCUCCAAAUGACCUGGCGACCAGACCAUACCCGACCCUUCUUCACUGGACUCGAUGCGGAUAACACGCAGGUCAUCAUCUUGGACGACAAUGAUGACGGACCAUACUUUAAACUGUGGUCUAUCUUCGCCAACAAGCCCACGCUGCGGUUGAAAGAUUUGCCUGAUAAUCAGACCCUGCAAAAUAUUAUUAUUCCUCUGGCCGGCGGGAGCAACCCGUUUUGGCAGGGCGAUUGGGAAGUUCUUCCUUGCAAAGAGUCGUCCCUACUACGCACCUUCACUCAACGUGUCCUUAACACCUUCGAAUUAGGAGAUUACAAGGGUCUGCAGAAAGACGAUGUCAUUAUCACUUUCAUCAAUCGGGUAGAAAGCCGAAGACUGGUAGAUCAUGAGGAUUAUCUGGAUCAAGUCCGAGCUACCUUUCCGCACAUUAAAGUGCAGUCAGUCGACUUUGCCGCUAUUCCAUUCCACACUCAGUUGAAGAUCAUUCAAAGUACCACUGUCCUUGUGGGGGUGCAUGGUGCCGGCCUCACGCAUGGCAUGUUCUUACCACCACGAUCAGUCAUGGUGGAGAUCUUGCCCCCAUCCUUGAACCACAAAGGGUUUCGCAAUGUUGCCUCUCUGUUUGGACAUUCCUAUUUAAGUGCACAUGGGUCCAAACCACCCAGUGUAAAGCGGGGCGACUGGCAUGGAGAAGAUGUUUAUCUAACCAAAGAGAAGUUCAUAGAUCUUAUGAGUGCUGCCGUCAGAAUCAUGUACAAUUCAGGGCCCCGUGAUUAUGAUGCAGUUUGAUAUGUUUCUAUUUACAGCUUUUCUACUGUUUUGAAAUCUGGAUGCGGCCGUCUUGAACAGACGGUAACCUUGUACACUAGACUCUACCUAUU